AUGUCUCCCUCCUCUCCCCCACUGACACAUUCCCAAGGGUCCAAUGGUCCAGUACACCCAAUCGAGCUGGUUGUGCAAUCGCUGGUCGAAUCACCGCUGGAAGUUCUCAACCUAAACCUCACUUCUUUGUAUGAGUCACAAGCCAUUCUAUCUACAAUACUAAAGAGACUCGAGGAGAAACUGGGCAAGACCGAGAAACAAAUCAAAGAUUAUGAACCGACAGAACCAACUGACGAGAUUUCGCUAGACGAGUACAUUGCAAAGAUAGCAAACAUCAAGACGCAGUUGAAAACAAUCAAUGCGAAAAUAGACAUGGUGGAAAAACGAGUGGAUAAAAUAAUGACAAACGUGGGGGUCAGAUGA